AUGGGCUCUCUCUCGGUGCCAGAGGCGUCCCUCGCGGCGAUCCAAGACCAGAACACAAAGACCAUCUCUGUGGGCCAACGUCCAACUCCAAUCCCUCUCGGCACCCAAGUGCUCGUCAAACUACACUACUCAGGGGUCUGCGCAACAGACCUCCACCUGGCUCGCGGUACCAUACCAUACCUACAGCCCAAGGUCUCAGUAGGGGGUCAUGAGGGCACAGGGGUAAUUGCCAGCCUCGGUCCCGAGGUAGACACCGCGGAAUGGAGCAUUGGCGACCCGGUGGCAGUUCGAUGGGUGCAUAUUGUCUGCGGCAAGUGCGAAGUCUGCACGACUGGCUAUGAGAACCUGUGUGCAAGUCGCAAACUAGCGGGCAAGGAUAUUGAGGGCUCCUUUGCCGAGUACGCUAUUGCAGACAGCUCAUAUAUGGUCCGCCUCCCGGCUGGGGUGAGCGACGCUGAUGCCGCACCGAUCCUAUGCGCCGGUGUCACAGUCUACAAAGCACUGAAGAUUGCCAACCUCCGCAAGGGCUCGUGGGUUGCUGUUUCGGGCGCUGGAGGCGGCUUGGGUCAUCUGGCUAUCCAAUACGCACGCGCCAAAGGGCUCAAGGUCGUGGCCCUGGACGCUAGGAAAAGAGAUCUCUGCCUGAGCCUGGGUGCGGAGGUUUAUAUUGACGUAUUAGAGACAAAGGAUUGCGUAUCCAAUGUCAUUGAAGCCACGGGCGGCGGCACUCACGGCGCACUCAUCUGCGCCUCGUCGGCCCAGGCUUAUGCCGAUGCCAUCAAAUUUCUGAGGCGGGCUGGUACCCUCGUUUGUAUCGGCUUGCCCCCAAAGUCUACGCCGCUCCCCUUGGGGCCCGAGGACUUCGUCGGUAGAGGCAUCAAGGUUAUGGGUACAUCUACUGGAGAUCGGCAGGACACACUCGAGGCCCUUGCUUUUGUAGCCAAGGGCCAAGUGAAGCCGCAGCUAAUUGAAAAGAGACUGGCAGAUAUUGAGGACAUCCUGAAGGAGAUCGAGGAUGGGACUGCGCUGGGCAAAACUGUCAUCAAGAUAGUCUAA